CAGAGGAGAAGAAAACGACGAGCUGUGAUCAUAGAAAGUCCGGAGAAAAUAGACCCAGUGUUUAAAAGUGAGGAGUUAAAACAGAAAAAAACUUCAUGAGUUCCCUUUUUGACUCAUGUUAAGCUGCUAGAGACGAGCCUUAAACGCUUCCUUUCUUAUUUAAAGAAAAACCUUUUAAAUGCAACGCUGUUUGAUAUAUGAGAAGACCAUGGCUGCCGAUACGAAGAGUUCACUGAGCAACAAUAAAGACCACAGCGGGAGGAAGCUGCUGGUCGCUGUGGAUCUAUUCUGCUUGUUUCUAGCCGGCCUGCCUUUCUUGGUCAUAGAGACCUGCGCUGUUCAGCCUUACCGCAGAGGGUUUUACUGCGAUGAUGAAUCCAUCAGGUACCCGGCCAAAAAAGGAGACACCAUUAGCGACGGUGUGCUCACCGCGGCAGGCAUUCUAAUCACCAUCCUCUCUAUCAUAGUUGGAGAAAGCUACAGGAUCUACUUUCUAAACGAGGGAUCCAAGUCUUUCGUUGGGAACCCCUAUAUAGCUGCCCUCUACAAGCAGGUCGGGGUGUUUAUCUUCGGCUGUGCCAUCAGCCAGUCCUUCACCGACAUCGCCAAAGUGUCGGUAGGCCGAAUGCGACCACACUUCAUUGACGUAUGCAAGCCCGACUUCUCCACCAUCAACUGCUCCUUGGGAUACAUCACUGAGUACACAUGUCAUGGGCCAGAGAGCAAAGUUCAAGAGGCCAGGAAGUCAUUUUUCUCUGGUCAUGCGUCAUUCUCCAUGUACACCAUGCUCUACCUAGUGUUUUACCUGCAGGCACGGUUCACUUGGCAUGGCGCUCGCCUGCUGCGUCCGUUGACCCAGUUCACCCUCAUCAUGAUGUCCUUCUACACGGGCCUGUCUCGAGUGUCUGACCACAAGCACCACCCCACCGAUGUCCUGGCUGGGUUCAUUCAGGGCGCCCUUGUGGCCUACUGCGUUGUUUUCUUUGUGUCCGACUUGUUUAGACCCAAAGGAAGACGCUCUGCUUUGUCCCAAACGCCGGUGAAGAAAGAUCUCAUUCCUGCAGCAGACAUCAGGGAGCGGGGCAACCCUCUUAUCAUGGCGUGAAAGAAAGCCUGCCAAACUGACUGCAAACAAUCCAUGAGCAGAGCUGUGCCUUUAUGUUUUUUCUACAGCCACUAGUUCUUACUGGAUAAAAAUCAACACUGUGGAAACUGCAGUAGAGAACCAGAGGAAAGAGUUAAGCAAGUUCUACUUUCUGAAAGGACAUUUUUUAAUCUGUUUCCUUAACUUCACCAGGCAUGUGAAUGUGUGGAAAGGAGAGAUGACCUUUUUUUUUUGUAACCAAAGGAGUGUUUGACCUUCUCUCCUAUUGUGAAAAUUGCUGCACGUUCACCAUUGUUGAGACUUUUUUGCUAAACAAAAGUCGGAAAUCAAGCAAAACGUAUAAAUGGCAGCUGCUUACAAAGCUGUAUGCGGCUUUAGUGCAUUUCAUCCCGCAUUUAGCAUGGGAGCUUCAGUCAUAUUCCUGCUCCUCAGAGUGUGACUCAUUGUAGGACAAAAAAACCCAAAAAACAAAUUCCUCUAUUUCAGGAAGGAUAUUGUCUGUUUGGUCAUAUAACAAGACAGUAUGUGUGAUUUUUAAGCACUAUUUUAGUUCAGUAUUGUUCGUCACCACUUGAAUGACUUUUUAAAAAGCUUUUAGAAAGCUUUGCCUCAGUUCAGUGUUCAGAUGUUACAGUCAUGUGGAAAAUACGGUGAGGGUGUGUGUGUUUGGGUUUUGGAUGUGGGCCUCGUUCUGCUGGAAAGGAUGAGCCCCUACUGAGCCAUUUAAUGAAACGGCUGUCUUUUACAUGUGCCAGACGGGUGGUCACAUGUGUUAGGUCAGAGCUUGAGUGUUUGCUUGUGUUUUAAUGUACCUUCGUUUCUUAAGGUCAGGUCCGUAUGUUUCAGCAUUUAUGGCAGAAAAGUAUGACACAAAUGGGCACCUGUUCUCACAGAUGCAUGCACCAGGAGACAAGAAUGCCUGUGAAUAAUAUGAUUUUAUCACAUGUACAUCUUACUUAUUGAUUAUCCAUAACAGUGAAAGUAAACACACACAAUUGAGAUGGUAGGAGGGAUGCAUAAACGAGUGACUGACAGAUUUUAAAAUCAGAGGCCCACCCUUUUCCCCUUUUAGCGAAUGCACCAUAACUAAGUCUAAAAGGUUGUAGAAAGAGCAACAAUUUUCAGUGAGGAUUAGUAACUCAACUUUAGUGAUUUACCAAAUCUAUGGAGGCGAGCUAGCUGCUCAUUUAGCUAAAAUCCUUUCAGUUGAGGUCAAAACCUCCCAUGCACCAUUCAUUUUUUUAUGGUCUGAUGCAAACAGAAGAUGCUAACCCAUUAUCUCCCUUAUUUUUUCUUCAUGUUUGACAGUGACCACUUUGUCAAACACAACUUGAUGACAAAAUUAAGUUGUCUGCUCCAUUUUAAUAAUAAAUAAUGAUUGUGUACAGGAGUCA